CAUAGUUCAGUGGGCUCUGACUCGGAAGGGUGGAGUUUCAACACCGCCUCGGAGGACCGGAGCAGGGAGGGAGCAAAGAAGUCAGAAUUUGACAUUUACCAGCCAUUCGGAACAUAAUUUUCAGCUGGGGGAAAGGGAUUGUAAACUCCGAAAACUGUUCUCCGAAAACGGCCAGGAACUGUAGGUAGAGGACGGACGAGUGAAACGAGGAGACCCCAGACUGCCAUUUUCAAACGGGAGGACCUCUCCCAUAACCACAAGUUUCUAUCAGGUGAAGUAGCGGCAAAGACACAGCGGCAGCCAUGGUGGCCUUGUCACUGAAGAUCAGCGUGGGGAACGUGGUGAAGACCAUGCAGUUCGAGCCCUCCACUAUGGUGUACGACGCCUGUCGCAUCAUACGGGAGAGAGUCCCCGAAGCACAGCUCGGCCAGCCCAACGACUACGGCCUGUUCCUGUCUGACGAGGAUCCCAAGAAGGGCAUCUGGCUGGAGGCGGGGAAAGCCCUGGACUACUACAUGCUGAGGAAUGGGGACACCCUGGAGUACAAGAAGAAACAGAGACCCCUGAAGAUUCGCAUGCUGGAUGGGACAGUGAAAACAGUCAUGGUGGACGACUCUAAAAUCGUCAGCGACAUGCUCAUGACCAUCUGCGCAAGGAUAGGCAUCACAAACUAUGACGAGUACUCGCUGGUGCGUGACAUCCUGGAGGAGAAGAAGGAGGAGACCACGGGGACGCUGAAGAGGGACAAGACACUCCUGAGGGACGACAAGAAGAUGGAGAAGCUCAAGCAGAAGCUCCACACAGACGAUGAGUUGAACUGGCUGGACCACGGGCGGACGCUGCGUGAGCAGGGCAUUGAGGAGACAGAGAUGCUGCUCCUUAGGAGAAAGUUCUUCUACUCAGACCAGAACGUGGACUCCAGAGACCCUGUGCAGCUCAAUCUGCUCUAUGUGCAGGCCCGUGAUGACAUCCUGAACGGCUCGCAUCCUGUCUCCUUCGACAAGGCCUGCGAUUUCGCCGGCUUCCAGUGCCAGAUCCAGUUUGGAGACCACAACGAGACCAAGCACAAGCCAGGAUUCCUGGAUAUGAAAGAGUUCCUUCCAAAAGAAUACAUCAAGAACAAAGGCGAGAGGAAGAUCUUCCAGGCCCACAAGAACUACCAAAACAUGACUGAGAUUGAGGCCAAAGUCAGCUAUGUCAAACUGGCCCGCUCUCUCAAAACCUACGGAGUGUCUUUCUUCCUGGUCAAGGAGAAAAUGAAGGGGAAGAACAAGCUGGUCCCGCGUCUGCUGGGCAUCACCAAGGAGAGCGUGAUGCGUGUGGACGAGAAGACCAAGGAGGUGAUGCAGGAGUGGAGCCUGACCAACAUCAAACGCUGGGCCGCCUCCCCCAAGAGCUUCACGCUGGACUUUGGAGACUACCAAGAUGGAUACUACUCCGUGCAGACCACAGAAGGAGAGCAGAUCGCGCAGCUGAUUGCUGGAUACAUUGACAUCAUUCUGAAAAAGAAAAAGAGCAAAGACCACUUUGGCUUAGAGGGCGAUGAAGAAUCCACCAUGCUCGAGGACUCUGUGUCACCCAAAAAGUCCACAGUGCUCCAGCAGCAGUUCAAUAAGAUGGGGAAGGUGGAGACGGGUUCCGUGGCCCUGCCGGCCAUCAUGCGCUCAGGGGCCGGGGGACCGGAGAGCUUCCAGAUGGGCUCCAUGCCUCAGGCCAAGCAGCACAUCACCAGCGGGCAGAUGCACCGCGGACACAUGCCCCCUCUGACGGCAGCUCAGCAGGCCCUGACUGGCACCAUCAACUCCAGUAUGCAAGCGGUGCAGGCUGCCCAGGCCUCUCUGGGCGAGGUGUCGGAGCUGCCUCCCCUGGGAACCGACGCGGCCUCACAAGCAUGGCGUAAGAACAAAAUGGACGAGUCCAAGCAUGAGAUCCACUCCCAAGUGGAUGCCAUCACUGCUGGAACUGCCUCAAUGGUCAACCUUACAGCAGGUGAUCCUGCCGAGACAGACUACACGGCAGUGGGCUGCGCGGUGACCACCAUCUCCUCCAACCUCACGGAGAUGUCCAAGGGCGUGAAGCUGCUGGCCGCUCUCAUGGAGGACGAGGGCGCCAACGGGCAGCAGCUGCUUGGCGCCGCCAAGAACCUGGCCUGCGCCGUGUCCGACAUGCUCAAGACUGCCCAGCCCGCCAGCACCGAGCCUCGGCAGAACCUCCUGCAGGCGGCCGGCAACGUUGGCCAGGCCAGUGGAGAGCUGCUGCAGCACAUCGGCGAGAGUGACACGGACCCACGAUUCCAGUCUCUAGGUAACGGAGCUUUCAGGGGUUCCAGGCGGAAGACCCUCAGUAGUGGUCAAAUGCUGGAUAUGCUGAUGCAGCUGGCCAAGGCUGUGGCUAACGCGGCCGCCGCCCUGGUGCUGAAGGCCAAGAACGUGGCGCAAAAGACCGAGGACUCCGCCCAGCAGAACCGAGUCAUCGCCGCUGCCACCCAGUGCGCCCUGUCCACCUCACAGCUGGUGGCCUGCACCCGGGUGGUUGCCCCCACCAUCAGCUCGCCGGUGUGCCAGGAGCAGCUGAUCGAGGCGGGCAAGUUGGUGGCCAAGUCGGUGGAGGGCUGCGUGGAGGCCUCCCAGGGAGCCACGCAUGACGAGCAGCUGCUCAGGCAGGUGGGCGCCGCGGCCACCGGUGUCACGCAGGCGCUCAACGAGCUGCUGCAGCAUAUCAAGCAGUACGCCAGCGGCGGGCAGCCCAUCGGACGCCACGGCGAGGCCACCGACCGCAUCCUGGACGUCACCGAGAACAUCUUCAGCUCCAUGGGAGAUGCAGGAGAGAUGGUGCGUCAGGCCCGCAUCCUGGCCCAGGCGACCUCCGACCUGGUCAACGCCAUCAAAGCGGACGCGGAGGGCGAGACCGACCUGGAGAACUCCCGCAAGCUGCUGUCGGCCGCCAAGCUCUUGGCCGAUGCCACCGCCAAGAUGGUGGAGGCUGCCAAGGGAGCUGCAGCUAACCCUGACAGUGAGGAGCAGCAGCAGAAGCUGCGUGAGGCUGCGGAGGGUCUUCGCAUGGCCACCAACGCUGCCGCCCAGAACGCCAUCAAGAAGAGACUCAUCAACAAGCUGGAGAACGCAACAAAGCAGGCAGCCGCCGCCGCUACUCAAACAAUUGCCGCCGCCCAACAUGCUGCCUCGUCCAAUAAGAACCCUGCGGCCCAGCAGCAGCUUGUGCAGAGCUGCAAGGGGGUAGCUGAGCAGAUCCCCAUGCUGGUCCAGGGAGUGAGGGGCAGCCAGUCCCAACCCGACAGCCCCAGCGCUCAGCUCGCCCUCAUCGCAGCCAGCCAGAACUUCCUCCAGCCUGGUGCCAAGAUGGUGACCGCUGCCAAGGCCACCGUGCCCACCAUUGGCGACCAGGCCUCUGCCAUGCAGCUCAGCCAGUGUGCCAAGAACCUGGCCAGUGCCCUCGCCGAGCUUCGUACCGCCGCUCAGAAGGCUCAGGAAGCGUGCGGGCCACUGGAGAUUGAUAACGCGCUGGCCGUUGUGCGCAGCCUGGAGAAGGACAUGCAGGAGGCCAAGGCCUCAGCGGCCGAGGGCAAACUCAGGCCUCUGCCCGGGGAGACGCUGGAGAAGUGCUCACAGGACCUGGGCAACAGCACCAAGGCUGUGAGCUCGGCCAUUGCCCAGCUGCUCAGCGAGGCCACCCAGGGCAACGAGAACUACGCCGGCCAAGCUGCCAGAGAUGUUGCCCAGGCUCUACGCGCCCUGGCUUCGGCCGCUCGUGGUGUGGCAGCCAACACGGAUGACCCACAGGCCCGCAACGCCAUGCUGGACUGUGCCAGCGACACCAUGGACAAGUCUGCCAACCUCAUCGAGGAGACCAAGAGAGCCAUCGCCAAACCUGGAGACCCGGACAGCCAGCAGAGACUGGCCCAGGUGGCGAAGGCCGUGUCCCAGGCACUCAACAGGAGCGUGAACUGCCUGCCUGGACAGAGAGAUGUGGACAACGCCAUCAGGACUGUCGGAGAGGCCAGCAAGAAACUCCUGGCUGAUUCAUUCCCACCGAGCAACAAGAGCUUCCAGGAGGCGCAGUCCAACCUGAACCAGGCUGCCGCUGGGCUCAACCAGUCGGCCAACGAGCUGGUGCAGGCCUCGCGCGGCACCACCCAGGACCUGGCCAAGGCCUCGGGCAAGUUCGGCAAUAACUUCAACGAUUUCCUGGAGGCCGGAGUGGACAUGGCUGGACAGUCCCAGUCUAAGGAGGAUCAGACACAGGUGGUCACCAACCUGAAGACCAUCUCCAUGUCCUCCAGCAAGCUGCUGUUGUCUGCCAAAGCGCUCGCCACUGACCCCAACUCCCCCAACCUUAAGAACCAGCUGGCCGCUGCCGCUCGAGCCGUCACAGACAGCAUCAACCAGCUCAUCACCAUGUGCACCCAGCAGGCCCCGGGCCAGAAGGAGUGUGACAACGCGCUGAGGGAACUCGAGACGGUGAGGGGUAUGUUGGAGAACCCAACUGAAGCUGUUAACGACAUGGGCUACUUUGACUGCAUUGAUAGUGUCAUGGAGAACUCCAAGGUUCUGGGUGAAGCCAUGGCUGGAAUCUCCCACAACGCCAAGAACAGCAACCUGCCCGAGUUUGGAGACUCCGUCAGCUCGGGCUCUAAGGCCCUGUGUGGACUGACCGAGGCUGCCGCCCAGGGCGCCUACCUGGUGGGCGUCUCUGACCCCAACAGCCACGCUGGACAGAAGGGCCUGGUGGACCCAGCCCAGUUUGCCCGGGCCAGGCAGUCUAUCCAGAUGGCCUGCCAGAACCUGGUGGACCCCGCCUGCACGCAGUCCCAGGUCCUCUCCGCCGCCACCAUUGUUGCCAAACACACGUCUGCGCUCUGCAACGCCUGCCGCCUCGCCUCCUCCAAAACAUCCAACCCUGUUGCUAAGCGACAGUUCGUCCAGUCAGCCAAGGAGGUUGCGAACAGCACCGCCAACCUCGUCAAGUCCAUCAAAGCCCUGGACGGAGCCUUUAAUGAGGAGAACCGUGCAAAGUGCAAAGACGCCACUGUCCCGCUGAUUGAGGCCGUGGACAACCUGACUGCCUUCGCCUCCAACCCGGAGUUUGCCAGCAUGCCUGCCCAGAUCAGCCCAGAGGGUAUGGCUGCCAUGGAGCCCAUUGUUGCCGCGGCAAAGGCCAUGCUUGAGAGUUCUACUGGCCUGAUCCAGACGGCCCGCUCCCUGGCCGUCAACCCCAAGGACCCACCCAAGUGGUCAGUGCUUGCAGGCCACUCUAGAACUGUCUCCGACUCCAUCAAGAAGCUCAUCACCAACAUGAGAGAUAAGGCUCCUGGCCAGAGAGAGUGUGACGAGGCCAUCGAGGUGCUCAACAACUGCAUCCGUGACGUGGACCAGGCCUCUCUGGCUGCUAUCAGCCAGCAGCUCACCCCACGGGAGGGCAUCUCCCACGAGGCUCUUCAUGGGCAGAUGGCCGCCUCGGUGCAGGAGAUCAGCAACCUGAUCGAGCCAGUGGCCAUCGCCGCCCGCUCGGACGCCUCUCAGCUCGGACACAAGGUGUCUCAGAUGGUCAGCUACUUUGAGCCUCUCAUCAUGGCUUCCAUUGGCACCGCCUCCAAGAUCCUCAACAGCCAGCAGCAGAUGAACGUGCUGGACCAGACCAAGACCCUGACUGAGUCAGCCCUCCAGAUGCUCUACACGGCCAAAGAGGCCGGAGGCAACCCCAAGGCGGCUCACACUCAGGAGGCCCUGGAGGAGUCCGUGCAGAUGAUGAAGGAGGCCGUGGACGACCUGGCCGCUACCCUGAACGAGGCCGCCAGCGCCGCCGGAGCCGUGGGAGGCAUGGUGGACUCCAUCACCGGGGCCAUCAACACCAUGGAGGACGGCCGGAGUGUGGAGCCCGAGGGCACCUUCGUGGACUACCAGACCACCAUGGUCAAGACGGCCAAGGCCAUCGCAGUCACUGUGCAGGAGAUGGUCACCAAAUCAAACACCAACCCUGAUGAGCUUGGUGGCCUGGCCAAUCAGCUGACCACUGAGUUUGGACAGUUGGCCUCUGAAGCCAAGGGUGCCGCCGUCACUGCAGAGAAUGAUGAGAUUGGCUCCCACAUUAAGAAGCAGGUUGGGGAGCUGGGCUACAGCUGCACAGGGCUGGUCACUAAGGCCGGAGCGCUCCAGUGCAGCCCCAACGACAGCUUCACCAAGAAGGAGCUCAUCGACAGCGCCCGCAAGGUCUCCGAGAAGGUGUCCCACGUGCUGGCCGCCCUCCAGGCGGGUAACCGUGGCACCCAGGCCUGCAUCACAGCCGCCAGCGCUGUGUCUGGCAUCAUCGCUGACUUGGACACCACCAUCAUGUUUGCCACAGCUGGCACGCUCAACCGCGAGAACGCCGAGACCUUCGCUGAUCACAGGGAGCACAUCCUGAAGACGGCCAAAGCUCUGGUGGAGGACACCAAGUUGCUGGUGUCCGGGGCGGGUGCCAGCCAGGAGAAGCUGGCCCAGGCCGCCCAGUCCUCCGUCGGCACCAUCACCAAGCUGGCCGACGUGGUCAAGCUGGGCGCCGCCAGCCUUGGCGCAGAAGACCCAGAGACACAGGCGUUUUUUUCUUUCCGCGGGUUUGCUGUUGGUCAGGAUGUGGGUACUGUUCGUGUCUGGAAAUGAACUCCACUGUCUGUUUUUUUCUCCCUCCUUCUCUCUCUCUCUCUCUGUUUUCCUGCAACUGUAACUUCAAGACAUAUGUGUUUUUGUUGUGUUUCAUUUACUAAGUAUACUUUCUGUGCUCUGUGGAGUAUGGGUGGUUAAACUGCAUUAGGAUGGAGAAAGACACACAUAUUGAGUAAAGGAUCUGUAGUUUUUACCCUUUUUCUGUUUUUUAAAACAAAGAAGAGCAUUUAUGCAAAACCUCUGCUCACAAACCCCCACACAGCCAUAAGUGGUGACUGCAGUUGGCAGCCUGCACUGUUGGGAUCACAAGCUCCCUGUUGUGGAUUAGUGCCCUGGUACUCAUCACCCCUGUAGCUCCGGUCCCACCAACACCACCACCUGUUGAACAGAUAUCACAGAAAGACUCUGCUACACCAUGGCCAAAUCCAAAUGAGGGUUCUCUGCCAUGUUCUCAUGGCAACACGGCUGAACAGUGGUACCACUUAAAAAAACAACAAUGAUAUUUUAGACAGGCUAAAUAUAGCUAACUCUUCUCCGUCUGGUGAGGAGGCUAAAGGCUAAACAAAGUAGUUUGCUUGAAAUGGUAUUUCUAUUGUGAUUGGCACUUAAUGUCAUGGAAUGGAAUUUCUUUUUAAUGCUCUGCCCUGCAUUCUGGUGGCUCAAAUAAAUGUGUUUUCAACCACACAGACGAGUGUCGAUCCAAGAAAUGAGAGCUAUUUGUGAGGUCUUUGUUCAUUCUGAUGUUGUAACAGAUGUCGUAAUUAGAAGCAUUUGGUUUGUCGUGAUCUUACCACAGUAAUGCUAUGACUGCAAGAUACUAACCAGCCACCUACUUAGGGUCUCCAACUGCAGUGCAUUCACUUAUAACAUGUCGAUUUGGCUCCUAGUGAUUGCCUUGGCAGACUGUAGUUACUGUACUGUAGAGCCUGGCUCUUCCAUUAAUGAUUAACCAACAACAACAAAUGUUGACUAGUCUGUAAGGAAGGGUUAAGUUACUUAUGUCAGUUAGUCAUGUAGGAAUGGGUGUUCAGGAAUAGGAAUGCAUUUAGUCAGCAUGCAUAAUGUUUUAUUGGAUUAAGGAGGGCACAGUAAAAUUAUUUUAUGUGCGUUAGAACUCUGUAGGAAGCUUGAUUGAUUUCAUUACUGUCAUUAUUUCCCUGUAAGUUUGUUUCUGUUUAAUGUGAAUGUCAGGUUUAAUAUCAGUGUUUGAUAGUGUAAUAGGUCUGCACUCUCUCAUUUCAUACCUGCAAUAUGCUAUUACCACUAGCUGCUUAAUCUCUCCAUGGCAUCCUCACAUUACUUUUGAUUGUAGUUUGACAUCUUGGAUGCUUUGAAUUUAAACAAAUAGGGUUUGUCUCUUGUGUGGAUCACAUUGUCUUUGUUUGUGCCUUGUUCCU